CACGCACGCACGCACGCACGCACGCACGCGCGGGUGAUGGGCGUUGUUCCACCGGAUCGCGUUCGUUGAAAGCUCCGCGCCGCGUGGUGGAUGUCGUGGUACCGAGGGACGCGCUGGCGGCGCGGGGAGAGCCGCCCGCCUCUCGGAGGAGACCGUUCCGACUAAAGGGACUCGUUCCGUGUGUGUGCGCGCGCGCGCGCGCGCGUGUACGAGUGUGUGUCGCUGCCGUGUUCCAUGGCGCAGAAGGAGAGGAUGCGCAGAGAGCCGCGCGCCCAUCGCUGCCUCCCCGAUGCGUUUCAACAUUCAGACGUGUUUUCGGCCGGAGGGGGCUGCGCUGUCGCUGAUGAUGUUCCAGAUGUUGCUGAUGCUGACUUUGUGAGGGCCCUGGUGCGGAGCGGGGCUGUUGGUGAGGCUCGGAGGAAGACCACCAUGCUGGCAGGGUAACAGAUGAUCGCUCUCCGUGAAAACACGGAGGAGGGGUCUCCCUGCGGCAGGAUGGGCGACCAGGAGAACAAUCUGAAGACGGCCCGGCUGUGGAGGGACGCGGCCCUUCGCUCCAGGAAGCUGAGGAGCAACCUGCGACAGCUCACGCUCAGCACCAAAGACAGCCAGGAGAUCAUCCUGCCCGAGAAUGUGGGCGAGAUCGAGGUGCUCAACCUGGGCAACAACUCCCUCCGGGAGCUGCCCGCGGGGCUGGCCGCCGCUCUCGCCAACCUGCGCGUCCUGGUCCUCCGGAGGAACCGCUUCGCCGCGGUUCCGCGGGCCGUCCUCGAGCUGGCCCACCUGGCGGAGCUGGACCUAAGCCACAACUGCCUGACCGAGCUCCCCGAGGACGCGGCCUUCCCCAGGGGGCUCAAGAAGCUCUGCGUCAGCCACAACAAGCUGCGGAGCCUGUCCCCGUGGAUCGGCGAGCUGCAGCGCCUGGAGGAGCUGGACGUGAGCUUCAACGAGCUGCUCGGCCUCCCCUCGGCCGUUGGCCGGCUGCGGCAGCUUCGCACGCUGGACGUGGAUCACAAUAAGCUCAGCUGCUUCCCCCCGGAAGUUGUCACCCUGGAUGACCUGGAGGAGCUGGACUGCUCUGGGAACAGGCUGGGAGGGCUUCCCAGGGGCAUUGCUAACCUGCGCUCCAUCAAGAUCCUGUGGCUGAGCGGAACUCAGGUGGCCUCGCUACCCGAGGACUUUUGCAGCCUGGAAAACCUGGAGAGCCUCAUGCUGGAUGGGAACCUGCUCGCGGCCCUUCCCCGAUCCUUCAGCAGGAUGCAGAGACUCAAAAUGCUCAACCUGUCCUCAAACGCCUUCGAGGAGUUCCCCCCCGCCAUCCUGGAGAUUGCAGGCCUGGAAGAGCUCUACUUGAGCAGAAAUAAACUAACCUUCGUUCCGGACGAGAUAGGUCGCCUGUCGAAGCUUGCCAAUUUGUGGUUGGACAAUAACAGAAUUACGUAUCUGCCCGACUCCAUCGUGGAGCUCGGGCAACUGGAGGAGCUGGUUCUACAGGGUAACCAAAUCGCUAUUCUUCCUGACGACUUUGGAAAGCUUGCCAGGGUCAACAUUUGGAAGGUGAAGGAUAACCCUCUCAUCCAACCUCCCUACGAGGUCUGCAUGAAGGGCAUCCCGUACAUAGCGGCUUAUCAAAAGGAGCUCGUGCAUUCGCAGCCAGCUGUGAAGCCCAGGCUGAAGUUGGUGCUGAUGGGGCAGGUGAAAGCAGGUAAAACCAGGCUGAGACAGUGCCUCGUGAGCAAAGCGCCGAGCGACUGUGCUGCUCUGGGAAACGAAGGCAUCGCCGUUACGAACUGGGUGGCGGACGCCGAUCGCAGUCUCACGUUUAUCGUGUAUGAUUUGUCAGGGAGGCAGAACUAUGACCUCAUCAAGCCCUUCUUCCUCUCGCCCGGCGCUCUGUACAUCCUGGUGGUGAACUUAAAGUCAUACACGCCCAAGAGCUUCUACACCCAUGUGGGCUAUUUCCUCCACGUGCUGGGUGCCAAAGUGCCCCAUGCGGUGGUGUGCGUCGUAGGGACGCACGCGGACCAGUGCCGGGAGGUCGAGGCCGAGGAGAAGUGCUUGGACAUCCAUCGGCAGAUCGCGCUGCAGGAGCGUCGGGACACGGAGUUCCUGCGGGGCCUCGCCCUCCAGGUGGAUCAGGCCCUGGAGCAAGGCUUCGAUGUCAGAAUGUCCAACCCCCACGUCCUCUUCUACGGAGUGUCUGACAAGAACCUGCGGCGCAAGAAGGCCCAGCUGCAGUACCUGCUGAACCACCGGCUGCAGAUCCUGUCCCCUGUGCUACGAGUCAGCUGCGUGGGAACGCUGAGCAACAUCGGGCGGUUGAAGGAGAAGCUCACGUCUGUGGCUGACCACAGGGAGAUCUUCCCCAACCUGCACCGCGUGCUACCCAGGUCCUGGCAGAUGCUCGAGGAGCUGCACUUCAAGCCCCAGGAGCUGUGGCUGUCCUGGUGGGACUCGGCGAGACUGGGCCUGCAGGCGGGGCUCACGGAGGACCGGCUGCAGAGCGCGCUGUGCUAUCUGCACGAGAGCGGAAAGCUGCUCUACUUCGAGGACAGCCCCACGCUCAAGGAGUACGUCUUCCACAACCUGCCCCAGUUCAUCGCCAUCCUCAAUGUGUUUUUCCACAGGGACCCGUCGGCGCUGCUGGAGAGGCUGCGGGCCGAGGGCGGCGAGGCCGCGGGGGGUCAGCUGCAGCACCACGUGGAGAGCUUCCUCCUGCAUGGUCUGCUGCCCUCGCACGUCAUCCGCCUGCUCCUGCAGCCGCUGGUCCGGACCCAGCAGGACUUGCACCUCAUUCUGGAGCUGCUUGAAAAGAUGGGAGUGUGCUACUGCGUCAACAAGCCCCGGAGCAGGCCGCUCAACGGCGCCGCCGUCUGGUACAAAUUCCCCAGCUACGUGAGCAACGAGGAACCCCACGCCGAGGCCUGGGUGAAUGGCGGGCUGGGCGCCGCGGGGCAGCUGCUGUCCGUGGAGCAGCUGCAGGUGGAGUACAGCUUCCCGUCUCUGCUGCCGCCGGGGCUUUUCGCUCGCUACAGCGUGCAGAUCAACAGCCACGUGGUGCAGCGCUCCGACGGCCGCAAUCACGUCUUUGCGUACCGCGGCAAGGUGCCUGUGGUGGUCACCCACCGACCUUCUCGCUGCCGGCUGCAGGCCGACACCCUGUCCAUCGCCAGCCACGCCUCUCUGCCCAACAUCUGGACGGCCUGGCAGGCCAUCACUCCCCUGGUGGAGGAGCUCAACGUCCUGCUGCAGGAGUGGCCGGGCCUCUACUACUCCGUGCACAUCUUGUGCUCCAAGUGCCUGAAGAGAGGGUCACCCAACCCGCACACCUUCCCAGGUGAGCUCCUCAGCCAGCCCAGACCAGAGGGGAUGACUGAGAUCAUCUGCCCAAAGAAUGGCUCUGAGCGCGUCAAUGUGGCUCUGGUGUACCCGCCCACGCCAACAGUGGUCAGCCCCUGCCUGAAAUGAUCCCCACAGCUGCCGCAACCCCCUCCGCCUCACUCGACCGCUCCUCUCUGGGUGCCCCGCAAUGUCUCGCCGCCUCGCUUCUGCUCCACAUAGCAUCUCCCGCUGUCCACGUUGUGCCAUCACGCCAAGGAACGACGGACCCAUGGACACUCUGCCUGCUCCAGCCCAUCAGUGGAAGGCCUGCCUGUCACCAAGACAUGCUCAGAGGACUUUGAAAAGAGACUUUUUGAAAACUGGUGUUUCAGGCAAAGCCACGUGGAAACUCAUGAAUUUUUCGUCACCUCAGCCUGCAGGUCUACGGAACAUCCUUCUUCCUUGCGUGUAACACUAUAUUGUCAUGUUUCCUAUGUCCUUCAACACAUAACUAAAUGGUUCAGGUCAGGGGUGUACCGGCUCUGGCGUUGUCCUCUCUGGCUUGCAAGACUAUUAGAUGGACCACCAAUCAUAUCCCACAGUGAUGCGGUGAUGCGCAGUAAAACCCAUUCAGUGCGAAGAAUCUUACGAGGGAAGCUUGGAGUUCACCGAUCAUAUGACACGGUGCUGCGUAUGAAAAGCGAGACAAAUAAACAAAUUGCAGUGUUUCGACAACAAGCGUUGGCAGCAGGAGGCCUUGGGGACAUUGUAACCGCGGAGUUCAAAAUGACUGCAUUACAGUUACAUUUGCAGGAAAAACUAAAUUUACACAACACUGACGACUCCAUGCCUUUGUAGGUGUAGGGCGAGAGGACAAUAUCGACCAAACCUUUAAAAUGAACUGAACCGAAAGUGUCCAAAUGGUUGUUUGUUCGGCCAAGAGCUGGUUAUGAGUGUGUCCGUGUAUUUCAGCUGACUUUGUAUGUUUGCUUUUUGCUUUGGGAAGCAGGGGCCCAUAUCAGUGUGACUGAGUGUAACUAAAUAUAAAAAAGUAUAUAGGAAAUAACCCACGAGGGAUCAUGGACAAGCCAAGGAAAUACUGAAUCCAAAGUUGCUGGAGUAAUGGAAUUUUGUACAACUGAUCUUCUCUGGACCCAACAGUGAGGGUUCCCUGUGUGAAAAUCGGGACUUUACUCCGUUGUGUUGGGAGGGAAGUUUAAAGGUUGUUCAGCUAUUUUUCGGUCAGUACUAUUGACCAUUAAGACAAAUGAAUAGACCUUUCUGGAUCGUUUAUUCCCCCAACACACACACACACAUAUCUAAGGGGUUCAGGUGUCAUCCUCAAUCACUGUUGUCUACUCUUUGCAUUAUAUAACUCACAGAUGUAUGAUGUGGUCAAGUUUGGGAGUGAAGAACCAUAUGAACAUAAAGUGGGAGAGUGUGGGGUAAUUACUGCAACACAUAUGUAAAACAUGUAAGAAAUCAGUUAAUAUCCUUUUGUAUAUAAUAUCUUUAUUUUUGUAUGAGGAUCUCACUCACCAUUACUUACUGUGCAACAAUCUGCAUGGUUGAUCCAUUUAGUGGCUAUUGGUGUGCCACCUUGCCACAUGCCCGUGAAAGGCACCAAUCCCAAAUAAACAAACCGGCUUUCUGUA